AUGCUGGCCAGAACUUCCCUUGCCGCAUCUUUCCGACCGACGGCGGCGAUCACCCCCGUCGUGCUCGACUUCCUCGCACCAUCCACGCUGCAACAGAGCCGUCGCCUGUACCACCUCACCACCACCGAUCACUCCACUGCACCAUCCAGUUCCAGCCCGCCGUCCCCAACUAACCGCCAUGACGCCCGGAAACCAAGAUACGCCCUCACCGCGAAGCAGCGCGAAUUCCUCGACAGCGCGCUGCGGGUCAACCAAGCCGGCGAGCUGGCGGCGACGCUGAUCUACACGGCGCAAACGCCACAGGUGGUGCGCUCGCACCCCCACCUGCGCCCGCUCAUGAAGCACAUGUACGACCAGGAGGUCGGACACUUCAACACAUUCAACCAGCUCAUCGCGAAGCACCGGGUGCGGCCGACGGCGAUGUACCCGGUCUGGUACGCGGCGGCGACCUUCCUGGGCUGGUCCACGGGCGUCCUGGGCCGGGAGGCCGCCAUGGCGUGCACGGAAGCCGUCGAGACGGAGAUCGGAUCGCACUACAACGACCAAGUCCGCGAGAUUUUGUCGUGGAAGGCCGAGGCGGAGCGCCGCGGCGAGGAGCUGGACCCGGAGCUCGAGGAGAUGCUGGCGAACUUCCGGCGCAUCCGCGACGAGGAGCUGGAGCAUUUGGAUCACGCGGUCGAGAAUGAUGCCAAGGAGGCAAAGCCGUAUGAUCCCUUAGUUAAUUUCAUCCGGUAUGGAUGCAAGGCUGCUAUCAAGAUCAGUGAGAAGGUCUAG